AUGGCCCUCCUGCUCUGCGCUGUCCUCUUCUGCAUUCCGUUUGUUCGCGCUUCACUCCCAGGUCUCAACGAUACCCAUAUCCUUACACUCGAUGCCAGUGACUGUCCAUCCUGCAACACCAGGACCUUGUGGGAUAUUAUCUCGAGUUGUGGCUUAACUUUGUUUGCAAGCACAUGGACUGCCAUCCAUCUGGACAUUCCGGAUAAGGAUGAGAGUAUACUUGAUACUGUCUUUCGUCGUCUAGUCCUCAUGCUUACGGCGUUUCUGGCCCCUGAAUUCGUGGUCGCCUGGGCCGCAUGGCAGUUUUUACAUGCUCGCCAAGUUGCGAAAGCCUUCAAUGAAAAAUUCAGUUUGAAGCGAGCCCAGCCCUGCGGCUACUGGCGCGCCAUAUGGCAGAAGCUGGUAAAUAUGUUAAUUGGUGGAAGCAAAAGUUUAGAGGAUGGAUGGACAGAGACGCACGGGUUCUUUGCCUGGAUGGGUGGAUUCAUGCUCUAUGUCGAUGGUCGGCCACGAGGCACUCUUACACCCGAUGAACUCAUGCAGUUUGUUGAUGAUAAACUCGUGGAGAUGCCUGCCAUCACGGAGGCAGAGAUAAAAGAUCGAAGCAAGAGCGAUCUGCUAUCCAAAUGGGUCGCCAUUCUUCAGCUGGUGUGGUUCGUCAUCCAACUCAUCGCCCGUUACAUCCAGAAGCUCCCGGUAACACUACUUGAAAUCGACACCCUGGGUGUAGCUGCUAUGACCUGCAUUUCUUAUGGCUUGUGGUUGGAUAAGCCGAAGGACGUACGACUUCCUUAUAUUGUUCAUUGGAAGGAUCCAACUACUCCACUACCUGACAGCUUAGACAGCGAUCUGAUGGCCCUGACUCGGGAAAAGAUCACAAUCAUCAUUGGGUGCACCAGUGGGAUGACACGCAGAGCAGAUAUUGUGGCGUGUGGAUUCCAUUGGGAUACCAUAUACAUUUUUGGGGAUUUUGAGCUCUUUUCAGAUACCUACGAUUUCAAAUUCUCUGGAAAGGCUUUUGCGGUUGGAAUUGAUCAACAGACAGACAUCGGAAAUCCUGCCACCGGAGUUGGUCGAUGGACAGACAUCAGAAAUCCUGCCACUGGAUUUUGUCGAUGGACAGACAUCGGAAAGGCUGCCACCUGGAGUCGGUCGGCAGACAGACAUCGGACUCGGAAGGACCACUAUCGCGGUUUAUUGAUGUCCAGAGAGUGAUAUUGCGCGUACUCAUACGCAGUUUGCCAUAUAUUACAAUUGCAACAUGUGUCAUGAUCUAUUACCUUCCUGCACGUAUUUCAAUAAUUGUACUUAUGUUCCUGAGCUUACGAUCACUUCCUCCUGGCGCAUACGAUACAAUAGCUUGGAC